AUGAUCGUGAUGGGCGCGAAGAUGGAUGGAAACCUCUUGAAGGCAGCAGCAGAGGCACACCACAAGGCCAUUGGCAGCAUUGAUGCCACUGGUGUGACGUCUGCGGCCGACUACGAAGCUGUGAAUGCAGCCAUUGGCCGCUUGGUGGCAUCCGUGCCGAAGACAACUGUGAUGGAUGUGUACAAUUCCAUGGCCGGCGUGGUUGAUUCCAGCGUCCCCAACAACCUGUUUUCGAAGGUGAAUCCAUUGGAUGCAGUGGCUGCCGCCAAGGGUUUCUACACCUUCAAAGAUGUUGUGGAGGCUUCCCAGCGCUGA